UUGGUUUUCCUCGUCCCAAAAUCAAGCCGCUGCCGCAUCAGCCGCAGCCUGUGUGCGACGAGACGAUGGCUGCUCUUUAUCGUGCCCUUGUCUCUACAGCGGACAGAUUUGUUCCCGGAAAACUUCGCCCGCUGUGGGAGCAUCCGGCAGGCCCCAAGACUAUUUUCUUCUGGGCACCUUCGUUCAAAUGGGCGCUAGUGAUCGCCGGAAUCGGCGACUUGGCAAGGCCAGCCGAGAAGUUGAGCACUUCGCAAUCAGCAGCAUUGGCUGCUACUGGAAUCAUCUGGUCGCGAUACUCCAUGGUCAUCAUCCCCAAAAACUACAACUUGUUUAGCGUCAACAUCUUUGUAGCCUUGACUGGGCUCUAUCAGUUGCUCAGAAUCUACAGAUACAACCAGUCCUUGAAAGUGGAGAACAAGAGCUAGGACCUGUAGUGGGCCCUAGAUCAUGUAUAACAAUGUCACGCGGCCACUUUCGAUCGCGAUUGAGCCCGGUCUGGAUCGAAAUUCGCGACCGCCAUUGGCUCCCUCCCUCAGGUUGCGCAAAGGAGCCAAUUGCGACCGUGAAAUUUUAUCUCGAUCGCAAUCAAAGGUGCGCUGUGUGAAUUACAAAGGUACUGCAGAGAUUAGCUCACAUAUGAUGUGUCAAUACUUGGCACUCUUUAAAGAUGCAAUAUGUAUGUAGAAUUAAUCAAUUGCGAUGUGACGCAAGUUAAAUAUUUUAAAUAGAUGAUGGAAAAUAAAUGGGUUGCUUU